GCUACAGUUUCAUUUCAUUUUCAACUAGUAACUUAUUCAAUUAAUUUAUAUUGCAAUUAAUAUGGUUUAAUUUCAAUCAUUUCAUCUUAAUCUUUUAUAAUCUUCAUCAGUUUCAUUUGUAUUAGUUCAAUAUUUUGUGUGUUCAUGGAUUAGUUUCACCACUUGAUCACGGUUUAAACAAACUCAAGUGAAAUCCGAUAUUUAUGGAAACAAUUUGUUAUUACUUUUAAUAUUAGUCAAUUGUUAAAUUAUUAGGUGUUAAUUUGUUAAUUUCAAUGUUGGUUAUUGACCAUUUUUAAUCUACUGUUAAAUUAAUGUUGAUUAUUUAACUACAAAUAUUAAGCCAAAUGAAACAUAUAAAUAUUCACAUCUUACUAUUUCUUGUGACAAUAUGUCUUUCAACCUUAACAAACUCGGAACCAAACCAAUCUCUUAAUCAAUAUCGUCAACAAAGCCGAAGAGCUCGACAACGAUUUUACAAUCCUUGCUCUGAAUGUGUCGAAAAGCCAUGUUUAUGCAAAGGACAAGAUGGUUACACUGGAGCUCCAGGAUAUGUAGGACCAAAGGGAUUUAUGGGUGAACAUGGUGUGCAAGGACAGGUCGGACCAGUGGGUGAUAAAGGAGAGCGAGGUCAAAUAGGAGAUUGGGGUCCUCCAGGACCAAAGGGUUAUAAAGGAGAAGUUGGACUUCGUGGACCAACUGGUAAGCCUGGAUUGAAUGGACUUCGCGGUUACACCGGUGAACAGGGAGAACCUGGUGAUCCUGGAUGUAAUGGUGCUGAUGGUGUACCAGGUCCUAAAGGACCCAGAGGAAUGGAUGGAUUUCCUGGUCCUCGUGGUGAUAAAGGACUGGACGGAUUGCCAGGUCAACCUGGUGAAGGUGGAGUUAAUUCACGAGCAAUCAAGGGAGAUCCUGGUGAAUCGGGUUUACCAGGAUUCCCUGGUUUAACUGGUGAUAGUGGAGAUGACGGACCUCCAGGUUAUAUGGGUGAUAUUGGCUAUCCUGGACCUAAAGGGCCACAAGGUGUUGUGGGACCUGAAGGAGAAUCAGGUGAAACAACGAUUGGCCCAAUCGGACCGCAAGGAUUGAAAGGGGAAAGAGGAGAAAGAGGUGAUCCAGGUAAUGAUGCCCAACAACAUACAAGCUCAACAGCCAUCGCUGGUCAAAGGGGUACUCCAGGUAAUCUUGGAGACAAAGGAGACAAAGGAGUUAAAGGAGAUCAGGGAAUUCAUGGUGCACAAGGUUUUAUAGGAUUUCCCGGUGCUCCUGGUGUUAAAGGUGAUCCUGGUGAUUUGGGAUUGCGUGGUAUUAGAGGUGAGGAUGGACCAACCGGUGAACAAGGUAUUAAGGGUCAAAAAGGACAGCCAGGAGUAGACGGAGUCGAUGGAAAUCCCGGUCCCAUUGGAUUAAAGGGUUUUAUCGGAGAUGUUGGAGAUCCUGGUAGAGAUGGACCUCCUGGACCAAAGGGUGCAUUGAUUGAGAUAUCUCGACCAACGAAAGGUGCACGAGGAUCACCCGGACCACCCGGACCGAAAGGAGUAGCUGGUCCCGAUGGGAAAAGGGGUUUACCUGGACCAAUGGGUUAUCCUGGUGAUCCCGGUCCACCAGGUUUUCCAGGUCCUCCUGGUCCUGAUGGACUUGUUGGUAUCACUUUCCAUGGUGAUCCUGGUGACUCAGGUUAUCCAGGAUUGCCAGGAUUACCUGGUAUUCGUGGACCUCCAGGACCUUAUGGACUACCCGGUGAAAAAGGGCAACAAGGUGAUGAUACAGUUGGACCUCAAGGUGCACCUGGACUUCAUGGAUUCCCUGGGUGGGAAGGACUACCCGGUGAGAGAGGAGAUAUCGGUAAUACAGGAGACAAAGGAACACCAGGUCGAGGGAUUCCCAAACAAGGACCCAAAGGGCCUUAUGGAUUGAGUGGAAAUCCAGGAGAUCCUGGUGAACCUGCACCACCAGGAGUUUCCGGAAUAAAGGGAGGUAAAGGUGACAAAGGAGAGGAUUGUAUAAGCUGUCCUGAUGGUGCGAAAGGUUUUAAAGGUGAUCAAGGGUCAAAAGGAUUUUCGGGUAUGCCAGGUUGGCCAGGAAGACCAGGUUUACCAGGACUACCUGGGUUAGGAGGCCUACCGGGUAUAAAAGGAAAACCCGGUGUCAAAGGAAUGAGUGGUGUUCGUGGUAAUCCGGGAAUAUCGGGCUGUAAAGGAUUGAAAGGAGAUCAAGGAGAAGUGGAAAUUCCACUCUAUGAUGAAACCUCACUUCGAGGUCCUACUGGAGAUCCUGGUCUACCGGGUUUACCAGGCAAACCUGGAAAACCAGGAGUACCAGGUCAAGAUGGAUUCCCUGGAAUACAUGGCAGAGUAGGAGACAGAGGCGAUUAUGGGGAUGAUGGUCCAAAAGGAGAGAGAGGUCCUACUGGAACGCGGGGUCCUCCAGGUCUAAAGGGAGAUCCUGCCUAUUACUGGCCUGAAACCACCGGUGAUAAAGGAAUAAAAGGCGACCCUGGAGAUGAAGGACCUCGAGGACAACCCGGAGACAAAGGAGAGAAAGGAGAUUGGUUCGCAAAACCAGAAAAUUUGAUCAAGUUUGGUGUUCCUGGAAUGCCGGGUGAUAAAGGAGAAAUGGGAAACUCAGGAGUGAACGGUUUAACUGGUAGAAAGGGUGAAAGAGGACUACCUGGUGCAUCAGGGCGAAAAGGGGAACCUGGAAAGCCAGGAAUAAGCCCAAGAGGCUCCGUUGGGUUCAAAGGAUUCAAGGGAUCACCAGGUGACUUCGGACUGGACGGUCCUAGAGGAAACAAAGGUGAGCUAGGAUUAAAAGGUCUAGAAGGAUUUGAUGGAUUACCUGGGCCUAAAGGAGAUCGAGGUGAAAGUUAUAGAGGUAAAUCUGGAGGACAAGGGGAGGUGGGACGAAAAGGUUUCCAGGGUGAAUAUGGAGAUCCUGGUUUAACAGGAGAAAUGGGUCCAGAAGGGCCUAAAGGAAUGAAGGGUCAAAGAGGUGACAUUGGUUUACCAGGUCCAAUGGGUUCAACUGGUCUAAAGGGUAUUCCUGGUGAUAUUGGAAAACCCGGAGAAAGUGGAAUCCCUGGUUUACUCGGAGAACGUGGUUUCUCUGGUGACAAAGGCUUCAGAGGUGACCCCGGACCACCUGGUUCAGUGGGAUUACCCGGAGAUAUUGGUGAUCUUGGAGAAAUGGGCGAUAAUGGACUUGAUGGAUAUCCAGGUUUUGCAGGAAAGCCGGGAAAACCUGGGUUAGAUGGACUUGAUGGAUUUCCCGGAUUACCUGGUUCAACUGGAGAUGAAGGUGACUCUGCUGAAGAUGGUCCACCAGGUCCACCUGGACCUCAAGGUUUCAAUGGAAUGCCAGGUGAACGAGGUGAUACCGGUAUAAAAGGGGAACGUGGUGAUACUGGACCUAUUGGAAAAAAGGGAGCUAAAGGAGACCCAAGCAAUUUGGGGCUUAAGGGAAUGCAGGGUGACAUGGGGCCAAUGGGUUAUCAAGGCCCACCUGGACCUCCAGGAUUACCAGGAUUACGAGGUGUAAUAGGUGACCCAGGACCAGUCGGUUAUGGUGCAAGAGGUCCUCCUGGUCCAGAUGGUUUACCAGGUUUACCCGGAUUGCCUGGUUUACGAGGACUACCAGGUCCUGAAGGUGAAAAUGGUAAACCAGGACCAAAGGGAAUAAGGGGAGAUAAUGGAGAUCCUGGUUAUCCUGGUCUUCGUGGUAUGGUUGGUUUGCCAGGUCCAAAAGGUUUGAAAGGUAUUCGUGGUGACGAAGGUGAACCAGGAGGUAUUGACAUCGUCAAACCUAGCAAUGUGGGCAAUCCAGGUCCUCCAGGUCCGAAGGGUCAACAAGGUGAAUUUGGACUUAAAGGCUAUAAAGGUGCAAAAGGUGAACCCGGUGAUGAUGGAUGGGAUGGCAGUUUAGGAUACAAGGGCAUGAAAGGUCUAAAAGGAGAUCUUGGACCCAUUGGUCCUCCUGGUUUUUCUGGAAAGCCAGGUAUAAGCUAUUCAGCAAUUAAAGGAAUUCAAGGAUUGCCUGGUUUCUAUGGAUUACCUGGAGUUCCUGGCAAAGAUGGUUUGCCUGGAUUACCCGGGUUAAAAGGUGAAUUAGGAGAUACAGGAUAUCCUGGUCCUAAAGGAGAUACCGGAGAUAUUGGUGACCCAGGUGUUCCUUCAGUCGAAUAUACUGGUUCAAUGGGUCCUAAAGGUGAGCGAGGAGACCCUGGGCUCCCUGGACUGAUGGGCGAACCGGGUUAUAGUCCACCCCCUGGAGUAGAUGGUGAAAUGGGAGAGCCUGGAUAUAUGGGUGAAAUGGGUCCAAAAGGAUAUCAAGGAGAAAAAGGUCAAAGAGGUGAUAUCGGGCGCAAAGGAGUAGCUGCACCACUUAGAGAUGAAAUCGACAAGGGUGAAAUGGGUGAUAAAGGUUAUGCGGGAAUACCUGGCAUGAUGGGCUUUAGAGGUUUUCCAGGACCGGCUGGUGAACCGGGCUAUCAAGGCCCGGAUGGCCUAAAAGGAGAUGAAGGAUAUGAAGGAUUACCCGGUCUACCUGGUUUAGAUGGAAUACAGGGAUUACCUGGUGACCCAGGAGACGACGGUAAACUGGGUGCUAAAGGAAUUAGAGGUAAUCCUGGUUUCGCAGGUGGACGUGGACUAACAGGUCGCCCUUCAUCUUCUCGUGGUUACUUUUUCACGCGCCAUUCACAAACAAUUUAUCAACCCAGAUGUCCUAACAAUACAACGCCUCUUUGGGAUGGUUAUUCUUUACUUUAUAUCAUGGGUCAUGAUGGAACUCAUGGACAAGAUUUAGGUUCUCCAGGAUCAUGUCUGCGACGUUUCAGUACAAUGCCUUACAUUGUAUGCGAUCAGGAAGAUCAGGUGUGUCACUAUGCUCAGGCCAGUGACUAUUCAUAUUGGCUCAGUACCGAAGCCCCUAAGCCUGUCUCAGGAACUCCAGUUGUGGGACAAAAGAUUAAUGAGUACAUUUCCCGAUGUACUGUUUGUGAAGCUCGUACCCAAGUUAUUGCAAUGCACAGUCAAACAAAUAAUCCACCAGAUUGUCCAAACAAUUGGGAAAGUCUUUGGAUUGGAUACAGUUUUGUUAUGAACACUGAUGCUGGUCCAGGUGGAAGUGGUCAACCUCUUAACUCUCCUGGCUCUUGCUUGGAAGAUUUCCGUCCUCAACCUUUCAUUGAAUGUCAUGGUGUUGGUCGAUGUAAUUAUUACACAACAUCAACCAGUUUCUGGUUGGCAGCAUUAGAUCAAUCUUCCAACAGGACGUUUAGUCGACCAAUAUCUGAAACUAUUGAUCCAGCUUAUGUUCACAAUAAAAUCUCAAGAUGCCGUGUUUGUAUGAGAAGCACAACACCAAGAGCUUCUUUUACUUACACUGCACCAAUAUCAUCAAUGGAUUAUCGUUUAAGCUGAUUCACUUCCAAACUAAAUUAAAUUAUUUCAACUAUUAAAGCAACAUCAAAUGAAA